AUGCAUCGGUACGAGAGCUUCGGCGGCCUGUCGGACGGCGAGUUAGACGAGGACUUGGACACGACCUACUUACCACCUUCCCCAUCUCCAGGUCCACGCGUCCGCCCACGCGCAGUCAUGGACGGCGAAGACUACGUGGACCUCAGCCUAGACGACAACGAAGCAGCCUCGGAAACAUCCGUGUACGCAUCACUCGACGACGAAGAAGAAACCUCCGACGCAGUCUUCGAAGAAGCCAACGAACAAGCAGAAGCGCAAGAAGCAGAAGCGGAGGAGAACCCACUACACGCCCGCCGCCGCCGCGUCCACUUCAGCAGCGGCAACAGCAGCAUCUCUCCGCCGCCGCCGCAAACCCGCCCACCACGACCAGCAGCAUCACCAGCACCGGCACCGCCCUCCUCCCCACCACCCAUGCCGCCCCCUCCCCGCCCCGCCACCCAACCCAUCCACAUCACCCUCUCCCGCUGCCCCACCAUGACAGCGGGCCAGCCACCGCUCCACAUCCGCAUCAACACCAUCCGCCGGCGCCUUCUGCCGUCAUCCCACCCCGACUCCCGGGCCGCCGGCAUCCGCGCCGCCCGCACCGCGCUGGCGACGACCCGCCAACGCCUCGUCGCCAUCUUCACCAGCUUCGGCAUGCGCGACCGCGACAGCAUCGUCGACUGGGACGCCAUCGACGCCGCGCUGACUACCAAGGCCAUCGACGACGGCAACGCUCCCCCUCCUCCGAUCGACGAGGCGACGCAGCGCGAAGUCGACGGCUGGCUGACGCGGCGGAUGGGGUCGUACACGGGGCGCGGCGUGACGGAAGUCUACCCAGAGGAGUACUACGAUGACGACUACGGCGACAGGGACAGCGGGGAGGCGGCCGCGGCGGCAGCGGCGGAAGGACGACGACCGCAGAGACAGGGACAGGGACGAAAGAACUGCAUGAUCAAAGGCUGCUGUGAGAUGCGCGUCGUUUUUGCAAGCAAGAUGCAGAUGCAAGCCGUGGUGCGAGCAAUCGAGGCGGAGGGGGCGAUGGGCGACGGCGUCAGGUCGAUGGCGACGGUGCUGCGGUUUUGGAACGAGGAGUGGAGGGUCGAGAAUCCGGAUCUCGCGAUCGAAGCCGACGAUCUAGGCGUGGGGGAUAUGCUGCGGUUGAAUGCGAUACGGCCCCUCGACAAGGUAUGGGAGGAGUGA